AAUGCGAAUCUGAACGAAAUUUUUGCACAAAUCACUGGGAUACUUUUUUUUUUGGCGAAUCACUGGGACCCAUUCGGACUCGGAUUGACACUCUGUCCUAACCGCAGUUUCUUUCCCCUGCCAACGUGUCCGGACUCGGACUCGGACUCGGUUAGGGGCCCAUAAAUAUGGGCGCCGUCCCGCGGCAACCAACUAGCAGACACCUCUCACAGACGCGAGGGAUGGCCGCCGCCGUGGAGACCCGGAAGCGCGUCGCUUCCCCCUUCCUCGACGAGGAGUUCUCGGCGCCGCCCCAUCUCGUCAAGCGCAGCCGCUUCUCGCCGUGCGCGGGCCUCGCGGUGCAGAGGCCGUCGCUGGUGUUCGACCCGCUCGACGCCCCCCGUCGCGUCUUCCCUGACGCCGACUCGACGGAGAUCGAGGGCUGCUUCGUCGCCUCCGGUCUCGACAUCCACGCGACAGUGGAGGCGUUCCGCGCCCGGCAGGCCAGGGAGGCGGUUGCGUCCUGUCUCGCGCGCGCGGCGGCGCGGGCCGAUGGCGGCGGCAUGGACGAGUGCGCGGGCAUCCUCGUGGAGCAGAUGGCCGCUGCGGAGGACGUGGCGGACGCCAAGAACCGCGCAUCCUGGAUCCUGGCCCUCGUCAAGGACGCCGUCGCCGCGCGCGCGGCGGAGGCGGCAACGUCGGCGCUCCGCGAGGAGAACGCCGCGCUGAGGGCGCAGGCGCAGGCGCUGGAGCGGGACAACGCGGUGCUCAAGCGCGGCGUGGCGGCGCAGCACAAGCUGCUGGAGGAGACGGAGCGCGACAACGCUGUGCUCAAGCGCGGCGUGGCGGCGCAGCACAGGCGGCAGGAGGAGAUGGAGCGCGCCGCGGCGGAGCUCAAGAAGAAGGUGGCCGAGCUGGAGAUGGCCAACUACGCGCUCGGCGUCCGGCUGCGCAACGCCGACAGCUGCCGGUUCCAGGCGUGCCGCGGCCCCGACAUGUUCUGACCGCUCAAGCGAGCGAUUGGUGUUCUUCUCUUCUUGUAAUAGUCUAGAGCUUAGGGAUAAUCACUGUGUUUAGCAGCAGCAUGUUGCUCGUUAAUCCAAUCGAUGUAAGCCCUAAAAGGGAAAGGCUUUGCUCACUUGGAUUGGAUUGAUUGUGAAUCCAAGUUGGUGGUUGUAUUGCAAAUGCUCGAGCAAGAGGUUGAUCUCCUUGCCAUGGCUUGUUUCGAAGCGUGUUCUUCUGAAUUUGAAUUGUCUGGUUUU